AUGGGGUACUUUCCCGCUUCUCCAUCUUUUCCUCGCACAGCUUUUUCAAUCCGGCUGCUGCUGUUCCACCACAUUCUAUGGAAAUAUUGUAGUGUUCGAAUGCUCGGGUUCUCGCAGGCUCUUGAUGAAUACCUUGACGCCAAAAACCCACUCAUGCUGAGUACAAAGACUGGUCAGCCACGUCAAUGGCGAAAGCCACUGACAUAUGCAGUUCGAGCCCAUCGACAAGUUCUCAGUUUGAUUCGACAGAAAGAGCUCGAAUUACUGCAAUUAUCACAACUCGAUCAGCUCGCCAGCAACUGCCCACGUUGCUUUGGUCUGCCAGUGGACAAAACUCCAAACCCGGACGAACCACACAUCAUAUUAUGUAUAGACGGGAACUUCCAACAUAAACGUCACUUAGCUGCUAGCCACGAAAUCCCUGGUCAUAAUCCUGAACCGCAGGAGCUUUUCAUGGAUCCAGAGCGAGUGGAAAGAAUGGCAGUGGCAAUGGCAGGCGGUGGCACGCGCAAUCCACAACUAGAUGAACUGGUGGAUCCCUGUACCGACAAACACACCGCAGCGGACGAUGUUAGGGGAAAGAAAUCAUUCCCAGGGAUGGAUGAGACAGGAUUGGUGGUCAUGGCAUGUCGCCAUGAUCACAUCAUUAGAUUUGUGAACUUAGUACAAAGUGGAGAACAGCUUGAGUCACUUCGCACUGGCCCUCAUUGA